AUGGCGCGCCUCUCCAUAGUUCAACUUAGUGAUGGGGCUAAAGUCCAUGUCAAACUUCUCGGUGACAAUGACGAGACCAAGCCCGUCAUCAUAGUCUUACAUGGUGCGCCUGGCUUAUCAGACCACAGAGAGCCGAUCUCAUCAUUUGGCUUCCUAGCUUCUGAUUUCCGAGUGCUAGUCUACGAUGCGCGGGGCAGUGGCAAAAGCGAGUUGAAGCCACCGUACACUGAUGAACGCUGGGUGGCUGAUGUCGACGAACUGAGAGCUUGGGCUGGCGUAGAAAAGUUCAUUCUGGCCGGGGGUUCCUACGGAGGCUUUGUCGCUUUGCAGUACGCCAUAUCACAUCCCGAUCGUCUUCAGGCUCUCAUUCUGAGAGAUACGUGGGCAUGCGGCCUCCGUGGGGCCUUCAACUUCAUCAAAACUAUCCUGACCAGUGACCGGAUCAAACCAGACCCGGAUAGGCAGGUCCGACUCAACAGCGGCAACAUUCGAGACAAUGAGGACUUUGCUGCUUCCUUUGCGGAGAUUGUUGACAUCUACAAACCAGAAGACGACUCGGCAAUUGCGGAUUCAGGAGACGCAACCUUCGAGGGCACCGUUGCCGACGAGUAUAUCCUCCACUAUGAAACGCACAAUUUUGCCUUUUCUUAUAAUCUUCCGCGACUUGAUGUGCGGUCACGACUGAAGGACAUCACUGCACCAACACUCGUUGCGACUGGGAGGCAUGACGUUGUCGUACCUGUUGAGUAUGGAGAAGAAAUUAGUAGGGGGAUUCCAAACAGCGAGUUCGUGGUCUUUGAGAAGUCUGGUCACAGUCCGCCAACUGACGAGCCGGAAGCCUUCCAAGAGACUGUAACCCGCUUUCUUUCAAAAUGGGCCAAGUAA